AUGGAUGACAGCACCCUGCCCCCAGCACCAUUUAUAGAGACACUGGAUGACAUCCGGUACUCACCAGUCUAUCCUUCUCAUACUCGAAGACCUGCCUCUCCUGUUAACAUUUCUGUACCUCUUCAGCCUCCCCAGCCCAGUUCUUUGACUAAUGUGGAGAUGGAUGCCCUGUUGGCCCAAAUUCAGAUUGACAUGGAUCAGCUCCGGACACGUGAUGACAUAAUUCAUGAUGACCUGUCCCAUUGUAUUGACCAGCUGCAAGCCAGCUGCACAAACGAAUUCACCUCCCAGAAGGGAGUGAUAGAUCAGUUGACCUUUCAGGUCAGCGGUAUCGCCCGGUACCUGAGGGACAACCACAGGGCCACCACAGCAGCGUGUUCAACUCCACCAGCAUUCAAUCCACCACCCAUUGUCAUCCCCAAUACCCCCACAUUCCCUGACUUUGGCUCAAUCAGUGCCUUGGGUCAUGCCAUCACCAACAAUGUCUUCACUCCAGAUGGAUCUGCAAGGGUAUGGGUAACCUGUGCGGGUCACGGCUAUACCCGUGCCUUCCAUAAAUGUCCUACUUCCCAUGUGCACACUACAACUGGCACCACCACCAAGCACUCAGACUUCCUGCCAGCAAUGCAUCAAGCUUGGGAAAAUGAUAACUCUCAAUGCAAUCUGUUUGAGAGCCGUUUUGCUCGCUGCCAUACGUCUACAGCUUGCGAACUUCAGGCUGGGAUCAACGUGUCUCUGCACACCGACAUCUCUCCAAGCAGGCUAAUCACCAGUGGUGUUGAUCUACAGGACCAACAGCAGUGCCUCAAGGUGGACAUCACCAACAUGUCUCUUCAGAAGCACCCGCCACCACAUCGCUACCAACACCUUCGCAUUUGGUGCACGCUGACGGAUGCCACCAGCAAGCACCAUCCAGCACCUAUGCAACACGCUGACUCGCCAGCAUCGAGUGUACAUGCUCAGACCACGCCAGCAUUUGCUGGCGUGGCUCAAACGCACACAGAAGACACCAGGAUGAAGAGAGAAGGACAAGAGGAGGAAUGA